AUCUCAACUUCUCCUUCACUUCCGUUCCCUCUCUCUCUCUCUCUCAAGAUUUCCCUCUCUACAGAAAACCAAAAGAAGAAGAAGAGAAAUUUUGUACAAGAUGUUGUUAGGGAAGAGAACCAGACAUCCAAUCAAGAGAACAACAAGCUUAUCGGAAAUCACCUUUGAUCUAGACGCUAAUGGUUGUGAAGCAGCUCCACCAUCUGAUCUACACAAACAGAUGGUUGGUCAGCUAGAUCAACGGCUCUUAGCUGCUGCUAAUAUAUCACCAAGAGUAACCCACAGAAGGGCUUCUGCUGAUUUCUUGGAAACUGCUCAUUUUUUGAGAGCUUGCUCUCUCUGCAAACGCCGGUUAGUUCCCGGCCGUGACAUCUACAUGUACAGAGGAGAUAGUGCUUUUUGCAGUUUGGAGUGCAGGCAACAGCAAAUGAACCAAGAUGAAAGGAAAGAGAAGUGUUCACUAGCAUCCAAGAAACAAGCUGGAGUCUCCACCGCCGCCGCACAGGAAGUCAUCGCCACAAAAGGGGAGACUGUCGCCGCCUUGUAGAGAGAGAGAGUCAUUAUCAUCCAUGAAUGGCCCAGAAUUGAAAACCUUCAAGUUCGCUUAAUUAUAUAAAUAUAUAAAUCUAAAAAAAUUGUAGAAUUAUAUAUUUUAUUAUGCAAAGAAAUGGGUCUGAUGCUAUGCAAAGAAAUGGGCAAGUUUUUGAAGCUAUUAUUUUAUGUGGCUCAAAAUUUUAUACCAGAAGCAGAUUUAAUCUGUAGUUCUCCAUUUUUUUUUUUUUUCUUGAUUCUCUUUGUUCUUGGUUUUUUUGCUAGUGGAAGGAAGAAUUAAAAUUUCAGAUUCAUCACAAAAUUUGUUAUAAUUUUUCUUUUUACAAAUAUAUGUUAAUGUUGGAUCGAUCAGUACUUGUAUUGAUCAAUUUUGAA